CUAACAGCUUAAUACCCCAACAAUUUUGUUCGCUGCUAGACAGAAAACCUAACAGCUCAGCCUUUUGUCUGCAAAAUCAAUCCUAAGUAUGGCAUUGAUGCAAUUUCUGAACCACACAAGAACGAUUCCUAUUUCAAAUCCAUAUGGAUUCUCGAGAUUCUUCUCCAAGUCCAGUCCUUUUAUUGUGAAAGUUGGAAUUCCAGAAUUUCUGAAUGGAGUAGGGCAUGGGGUUGAAACUCACGUAGCAAAGCUAGAAUCUGAGAUUGGUGACUUUCAGAAACUGCUCGUCACCCGCACUCUUAAGCUCAAGAAGAUUGGAAUUCCCUGCAAACAUAGGAAGCUGAUACUGAAAUAUGCCCACAAAUAUAGGCUGGGUUUGUGGAGGCCGAGAGCUGAACCAGUGAAGGUGUGAUAAAUAAGUUUUAUCCUUUGGGAGCUAUGCUAAGAUGGUGAUGUUAUUGUACCAAAGAAUGGUUUUAGGGCUCUAUUUGCAAUCAUUGGUCACCUUACUCCUUGUUUCAAUGGACAUGAAUUUAGUGGUUUAGGUUCAAAAAAUGGGGGAAAAAAGGAUAUCCAAUGGAUGGCACAUUGAAUUUAGUGAAGCAAAAUGUACUUUCUUGAUGUGUAGUCAUUUUAUCUCUUCUUAUGCCAUACACCCGCAAUUAGUGUUUUCAUA